CGGGAGGGAGCAAGCCGGAGCGGGGCUCAACCCAGCCCCAAAACCACCCCCACCCCCGAAAAAUCGGUGGCAGACCCAGCAGGGCAGCUCAGAGCAUGGGAAGGAGAAAUCAUGGCCACCCGUGGAAGUGGGAGUGGGGGGGCUCCAGGGAGUGCUUCUCCUGCCCCUGCUGGUGCCUGUGAAUCAGGUGCUGGGAAGGGGCGGUUGUGCCAGGGGAGGGGGGAGAGAGGGAGAUGUCACUGGCUUUUCCUGGCAGGGACACCUUACCACGCUCUGCUCGGGCUCUGUCUGCUGGCAAGGCCCCGCGGCCAUCCCCAGCACCAUGGUGAGGAACGUGGACGACUUUGACUUCUGCCUGCCUUCACACGCCCAGGGUGUGCUGGAGGGCUUGCAGCGGCUGCGCGCCAACCCCAAACUGGCGGAUGUGACUCUGGUGGCGGGCGGGCGGGAGUUCCCCUGCCACCGCGGCGUCCUGGCCCUCUGCAGCCACUACUUCCACGCCAUGUUCUCUGGCGACUUCGCCGAGAGCAUUGCCGCACGGGUGGAGCUGAAGGAGGUGGACCACAGCGCGCUGGAAAUGCUGCUCGACUUCGCCUACACCGGGAAGGUCACCAUCAACCAGGGCAACGUGGAGGGGCUGAUGCGGACCUCCAGCCAGCUCCACUUCCCCACUAUCCAGAAGGUCUGCAGCCGCUACCUCCGGCAGCAGAUGGAUGCCACCAACUGCCUAGGUAUCUGCGAGUUCGGUGAGAGCCACGGCUGCCCUGAGGUCUCCUCCAAGGCCUGGUCUUUCUUGCAGGAGAACUUUGAAGCCGUCUCUCUGCAGGAGGAGUUCCUCCAACUCUCCAAGGAGAGGUUGGCCACCUACCUCUCCAACGACCAGCUGCAGGUGCAGGAGGAGCAGAGCCUGGCCGAGGCCGUGCUGCGCUGGGUACGCCACGACCCGGCGCCCCGAGCCCAGUUCCUGCCCGAGCUGCUGGAGCUGGCCCACCUUGUUUCGCUGCCCGACCAGUACCUGCAGAACCUGCUUGCCACCGAGCCCCUCAUCCGUGACUCGGAUGCCAGCAAGGCCCUAGUUGCCCGAUCCCGUGCCAUGGGGCAGAGCGAUGCCAGUGCCCAGAAGAACCCCCUGACGCCACCGCAGAAGCUGGAGGAGGUGCUGGUGGUGGUUGGCGGCCAUGUGCUGGAGGAGGGCGAGGAUGAGGACAGGGGGCUGGAGAUGCCGUCCACCCCCAGGAACUUCGCCUUCUACAACCCCAAAAGCAGGCAAUGGAUGGCUCUGCCCGACUUCCCUGAUUACAACAAAUGGGGCUUUUCCCUGGUGGCUCUGAACAACGAUGUGUACGUCACAGGGACGACGGUAGACGCAGUGGAGGUGGAACGCUACGACCCCUACAACAAGAGCUGGUGUGCCAUCAGCCCAGCCCUCAAGUACGUGAGCAAUUUUGCGGCCGCCAGCUGCUUGGGCAAGCUCUACCUGGUGGGCUCCUGCGCUGUCAAGUACAACGCGCUCACCCUGCAGUGCUACAACCCUGUCCAAGAUUUGUGGAGUGUGAUCACUUCCCCCUUCAUCCCCAAGUACCUCUCGGCCCCACGCUGUGCCACCCUGCGUGGGCUCAUCUACCUCAUUGGGGACAACACCAAGAAGGUCUACAUGUACAACCCAGAGGCCAACAUCUGGCAGAAGGUGCAGCUCCUGCACACGCUUCAUGAGAACGGCGGGAUGGUACCGCUGGGCGACCAGCUCUUUGUCACCGGUGGCCACUGGAAGGGCAUGGACGGGGACUACCGGGUGGAGAUGGAGGUGUAUGACUGCGCCAAGGACCUCUGGACGCGGGAGGGCUCCCUGCCCUGCCUCUGGCUCUUCCACAGCUCCUCCUCCAUCUUCCUGGACACCUCCAAGUGGACGGAGGCUUUCCAGGGUGCCCAUAGGUGGUAGGAGAGCCCACAGCAUUGCCUGUCACCCUGCGCAGCUGCUCUCCCCCCCUCUUGCCUCUCUCCCUGCUGCCAGUUCAGCUCUGUGGGGGGGACAGAUGGAAACCCCUCUGCCAGGCUGGCUGGGGCAUUGGGAGCACAUUCCCCCCCACCCCUCGCCACUGCAGGGAAAAGGCUUUUCCUUAUAAACAC